CCUACCACUUAAUUUUAUUUUACUUUUGGUUGUGAGAAAAUAACAUAUUAGAUUAUGUUGCUUGUUUUUCAUGUGAAGAGUACUCCAGCUCAUUAAUUUAUUUGUAUGCAAGAAUGAAUCGAAAUUCAUCCAAGAAAUCGUUCAAGAGGUCUCUAGAAUGGUAAAUUAUUCAUAUCUAAACGUCACAAAAUAUCUAGUUGGGUUGGAGUCUCGUGUGCAAGACAUUGAUUUACUUUUAAGUAUCGGGAUGAAUGACAUACGCAUGGUGGGAAUAUUUGGAGUUGGUGGAAUUGGUAAGACAACAAUUGCCAAAAAGAUCUACAACUCAAUUUUUUCACAAUUUGAUGUUCAUUGUUUCUUGACAAAUGUUAGAGAAACUUCAAACAAAGUGGGUGGCCUGGUCCAAAUGCAGAAUACACUUCUUAAUGAGAUUCUGAAAGCCUCUAAAUGUUUUGAUGUUGGUAAUGUUGAUAGAGGAGUUUAUGAGUUAAAGAGCAAACUUUGCUCUAGAAGGGUUCUCUUAAUUCUUGAUGAUGUGGAUAAGUUAGUCCAGUUAGAAACAUUAGCUGGAGAUCGUGAUUGGUUUGGUUUAGGAAGUAGAAUCAUCAUAACUACAAGAGAUCGGAAUUUAUUAAAUAACCGUAAGGUUGAUUCAAAAUAUGAAGUAAAGAGAUUGGACCAUAAUGAAGCUCUUGAGCUCUUUAGUUGGCAUGCUUUUGAGGAAGACUUGAAUCAUGAACCCUUGACGCAUUAAUCAUCAAUCUUCUCUCCUGAGGCCGUCAAUACCAUGAUAGGAGCAGAGAACCGUUUUUCUAGUAGGGCUGAUUAUGAGAUUAUUACAGAAUCAAGAAUGCUCAGUAGUCAAUAUGCUGCCUCUGUUACGAUCAUGUCUCAGAGGUUAAUGGCGAGGGUGAGUGAGAUUGAUCA